CACACAAACCCAACAUCGAAUAUCAGGCCGGGAUUGAGCUCUAUUUUUAUGCUGUCGACCGAGGCCCUCGGUGGCCCGCUACACGGCUAGCGAGAUCCAUUAUCGGACGGGUCUGUUUAGCUCUCAGAUCAAGACAUUAACGCUGCUUGUUUAACAGCAAUCAUUUAACUUGUUUAAUGUGACAAAAUUAUAUAUAAUAAUUCCGUUUUUAAAAGUGGCAACGUCUGAAUUCCAGUUCCAGCACGAGUAUUCAUCUCGACGGUUUAUGCAACACUUGACCCAGUAGUGUCUGUCGUGUUAAGACACUUUUACUGCAAUAUUACAACCUUGUUUGGGUUAAAUUACACCUUUAUGUCUACACUUAACGGUGCAUAUAAGUCAUAUUUGGACCGGAGGCAGUAUUUUCUACCUUCUACGACCUGAAAACCCCCCAACUGCAGGAUUUGCGUUUCUAAACACACGCAGAAGGUAAACAAGUUGCGACUAAGCAGUCUUUGGGUUAGUAAAGUACACACACUAACGUGCCAACUAAAUGACAAAAUCCAGCAGGUCAGUCGAGGAAGUGUCCGAUAAUGGAACCAUAGCUUAGCUUCCCGGUGUCUUCAGACAAAGACUGCAGCUAGCCCGCUGAGCUAGCAGCCCUCAGCUAGCUAGCUGGCCCGCGUUUAAUCCCACCAGGAGACACGUCUUCCGUACGUCCACUCACCCUGCUCAUAAUCCCGAUCGGCACGACUGUCAUGUGCACUCCAUAGAUCCGAACCGAGCCAGGGGGGAAAAGGUGCGAGGGGCGAGCACCGAGCAGGCGGAACAGUCAACGUGCUCCCGGCUCACUGGACCGCAGCCAUCACACGGCCCCUCCGUCCUGCGCUCCACUGCACCGCCGCAACGCACUGCCUCAUCCCUGCGGUUUAAUACUUCACCCGUGGGGAACAGUGGACGGAUCCCGGGUGUUCCAUUGGUUCCAUUGGAGGUCCUGAUGUCCCCCCCCCAAAUAAAGCGUUAUUCCGGUUUAAAGACAGCCAGACUACACGAGACAAACAGCACAGGAGCUAAAUGGCUGAUUGGUUGAAAACUAGCAAAACAUGGAGGACUGGAUCCCCGUCUCACUGGAACGGAACAUGUACGCCAACAAGUUACCGCCUGUCAGCAAACGCUACCUGCAGGACCCCUGGGACUACCGGCGUAACUACCAGCUACACCGCACCAAGGUAAGCUUCGCCCUCCCAGUGGUCGACACGAAGGGAACGAGCAAGCCCGUUCACAUGCAACGCAACUUGAAAAAACAGCAGCUGCAGGAUGAGCGUCGGGCCACCAUUGAGCGAGACAACCUCCUGCUGGCCUCCAGCCUGGCCCGCAUAGAAGCUUCAAGAGGCCUACUGGACCACAAGAACCAGUACCAGCCCAUGAGUCUGAACGCUGACAAGCGGCGGGCGGAGCUUCUGUUGGUCAGUCGGCAGAAUCUGAACAUCUACCAGCGAAUCACAGCGCGUCAGUCCGAGUACCGCCGCCAGCUGUGGAUGAGCGACUGGGAAAAGGCGGAGAAAAGGCGGGUCAAUAUUUCCCGUUACCCACAGGGCCCCAAACAGAAGUCAAACAGGAAGUUGAAGUUUGCGGGCGUGGAAGAAAAUGAAGAGACGACUCAUUAAUUUGACGGUCGUUGCUUCACCGAACAAAAUUAACGUUAGGUUUUUCUUGCUGUACAAGACUUGUACAUUCAUGGAAGCAGGAAAAUAGUAAUAAAUAUGUCACCUAUAUAUAUGUCAAGGUACAUGAGAGAAAUCUGAAAAAUAGAUUUUCCUGAAUUAGUUCAUGUUAAUCUGUCAUUCCCCGUAUGUAUCUAUUUAUUAUACAAUAUUUAUCUGUUUUUUAUGGAAGUAUUAUUGUAGCAAAAUUAUUUGCAAACGCGUAUCUCAAGCUAUGUGUCUGUAAUCCGAUUCACGUGUCCGUGUACUAAUUUGUGUGUUUGUAUCUCGAUCUGUGCGCGUGUAAUCAAACCCUUUUAUUUGGUGUGUCCACACUUCGAUUUGUGUGUAAAAAAAAAAAAAAAAUAUCUGUCCGUAUUUCGAUUUAUGUGUGCAUCUGUGUAUUCAAAUUCGUGUGAAGCAUAAA